AUGGGGGCGUGGAGAGGAGGCGCCCGUCCCGCCGGAGGGGGGGGCGUCGCGUCGGUCGCGUGCGCGCGCACGCUUCGCGGCGCCGCCCUCGUCCUCGGCGCCGCGUCCACGCCCGGCUGGGGGCGUCGGGCGCGUGCGGACCGGAGGCGGGGGUCGGCGUCGGAGGGCGGAACGGCGGGGCCACCCUUCCCCGAGCGCGGGGGAGGGAGGGUCCAGCGGGGCCGCGGCGCGGCCGCCGUUCAGGCGCCUGUGCGGGCACCCCAGCCGGGCGACACGGGCCUCUGUCGCGCCGGCGCGGCGCGGCGGGGUGUCGUGGACGCAGGGGCCCGCCUCCCCUUCUUUUUCCGGGGAGCCUUGCGGUCGACCAGACGCUGCGGCCCGCCGCGUCCCCCAUUGGAUCCACGUGUGUCCACGGCGAAUCGCGGCCCUGUCGCUCCGCGCGGCCCGAGGGGGAUCCCCGGGUGGAUCUCUUCCCCCCCCCUUUUCCCAGGUCGACCAGCCGUCGCGGCCGCCUCUCGUCUCCCCGCGGCCCGAGGGGGAUCCCCGGGUGGAUCUCUUCCCCCCCCCCUUUUCCCAGGUCGACCAGCCGUCGCGGCCGCCUCUCGUCUCCCCGCGGCCCGAGAGGGAUUUUUAUUUUGCAUGCUUGGCUUAAAUUUUGGGCGUCUUUGUCUUUCGAAGAGGGCGGUGUUCUGUCGGAGUUCCGCAGGUGGUCUGAUUGGCCGAGUGGGUCCGUCGAUGGCCGUCGUUUUCUUCAUCGGAUUGAUGCACGUCUGUGGAUUCGUCUCGUUUCUCUCCACUGCGGAACCCUCGUCCCGAGGGACUGAAUCUAGUGCCCUGUGCUGCGCGGUACGACCUAGGGGUCGAAUCUGCCAGGAGAGGACUUACAAGGAUUUGGAGGAUCCUGGAAAACUGCUACCAUCCAGAAUCCUACAUGGAUGUUCAAGAUCUUGUGGAUGGACGGACGGACGGACGGAAGACGGAUCGAAUGGAGGCCCCGCCCCAUCCCCUGGACCCCUAGGCCCAGGAGGAUCGUGAUGGGUCUGGAAAGGACUCUUCCGACGAGGGUCUCGGGAUGGACUUUCUCGGUCUGCGGAAGGUGUUUCUGCACAAAGAGGAAGAGAGGGGCGUUCUCGGCCAGAGAGCCCGAACCGCCUCCUUUCAGGGAUCCGCUCCAGUCAGGGUUGGGGUCGGGGUCAGAACGCAGCCACCGACAGCUCCCCUCCCUCGUCUUGGCUCUCCAACUUGGGAAACCCUCCUCCCUGCCCCCUCACCCAUCUUCUCGUCAGCCGGCCUCCAGCUUCCCCGUGCCAACCACCUCUCUCAUGCUGCCGGACUUUCCUCCUCCUUGGGCUGCCAGGAAGCUCUCCCGCUCCUCCACGUGCUUUGGCUUGGAAUCCCUGACAAACACAAGCGGUGCUGGUGGGCGGGGCCGCGGGCGGUGGCAGAAGGACUCCCUUCAUCUUAUGGGAGCGAUUUUUAUCUCCAUAGAGGUGGCGAUUGAGAAAACACAUAAAAUCACUCAGAAGAAUACCCAUGUGUAGUGUCCCUGACCUAGAUCCGUGUCUGUCUGUCUGUCUGUCUCUCUUUCCUCUCCUCUCCCCUCCUCUCCUCUUCCCUGUUCUCCCCCCUUCCCCCUCACCCCUCCACUCCUCUCUUCUCCCCUCCACUCCUCUCCUCUCCCUCUUCUCCUCUCCCCUCACCUCUUCUCAUUUCCCCUCCCCUCCCCUCUUUUCCCUCCUCUCCUUUCCUGUCCUCUCCCCUUUUAUCCCUCCUCUCCUCUGCUCUCUCUCUCUCUCUCUCUCUCUCUCUCUCUCUCUCUCUCUCUCCCCCCUUCACUUCCCUCCCUCCUCCCUACCCCCCCAACCCCUACCUUCACAGGGCCUCAUAGAUUGCAAUCGGUUUCCAUGAAAUGUGAUGAAGAGGGAAUGAAUUUUAGAAUGAUAUCCCCAUGCCAUCGAAUCCUUCUUCCCCAGGGAUAGCGACUUAUUUGUGGUCGUGUUUGUUUUUGUUUUUCUUGUUGUUGUUUUGGGGCGCAUCGAGGGCGCAGGAGGCGUUGGGAGUGAGGGUGAUGUUUCUCUUUCUGUCUGUCUCCUCCUUAGGAAGGAUUUUAAGAGGAGGGAGGACCCACAGAAAUCUACCAUCUUGUCUCGUACUGCAGCUGUGUUUGAGCUUCCUAUACGAUCUGGGCGGAACACUCCCCACCCUCACCUCAAGCCGCCAUUGCCGCCCCCUCAGCCCCCCUGCACCCCCGUCCAGUCCCACACUUGGGGCGGUGGUUGGGCAUAGGGGGAUGUUGGCGGGGUGGUGGUUGGUGGGGGGUGGGGUGGUGGAGGAAACCAGAAAACAGACCACUGUGGCACGUGGGUGACUGGGGCUUCAGGGUGAAGGAGGAUGAAUAAAAUGGCCGGAAUUAGGCUAACGGAUUGCUUCUUCUUUUUUUGGCGGGGGGGGGAGGGGAGGAUCAUUAGGUCAUUCAUUCAUUCAUUUGCUGGGGGGGGGGUGUCAUUCGGUUUCUUAUGCUCGCCCUGAAAACGGUCAACUGUCCUGACUGACUGGUUGCUGCUCACGGUUCCAGGCCUGUUGUUGAAACUGGAAGCUAUCGAUCUUACUGUUUCUACUGUAUUUCACUCAUUGAAAGUCAUCAUCAUGCUGGGUCUCUGAGUCUUUCUCCGAGGAGAAGGUCGGUCACGGGACUAGUGACCUGACAAAAUAGCCUGAGUGACCAAGAAGGCCACACCUUGAGUGCUUAUGAGAUAACGAGAUCUAACCACCAGCCUCUAUAGAAUGGGUCACCUGGAGGCAUCGUGACACCAUUCUGAGUCUUCUGAUGAGAAAACGAUUCUGUGGAUGGUGAUCGAUGCCCGAUUGUUUGAGCUAUGGCUCUAGAACCACCCCACCCACUCCAUCCCCAAGGUGGGUACACAGUUUUGAAGACGCUAGCCUGCUGUGAAUCCCCUUUGCCCGGCAGAGCGAUAAAAUGGCCUCUUUGCUUCUAAGCUCCAAGACCUUGUCUCUGGAUUCUUGGGCUCGUCGGGGACGGGGGCCGAACUUUUGGCAACAAGCGUGCUUCAGAAACAGCGGAUGCCCGAGAAGGACACUCUGCCUCUCCCUCUUCUUCCGGGCCUGAAAUGGGGAGGAAAAAAAAAUCGCUUCCCCUGGAAGCCGGAGUCCGGAGCCCGCCAUCCGGAGGGACUUCUGGCUUGGCCUUCUCCUGGGGUGGGGGGGAGGGCACGCCACUGCACGUGUUCUUUGUCAACUCCCUGUUUCUCUCUUCUCGAGUUAUCUCUUUGGGACGGCUCCCACACUGGGUGAAAACAGACAGACUGGCUGGUAUGUCUCCCUACCCCACCCUUCGCCCCCAAAUGACUGAUCUCCUGUCCCAUCAGAAUCACCACUUGUUUUCCAACGUGGCUUUCUUGGAUCCUGGAGGACUUGUAAAGGAAAAGCCCAGCUGGGCUAACAAGCUAAAGUCACAAAUCUAAGUGUGAUAAGUGUCCGUUUACUGAUCUAAGUUCUGCUGGGCUAACUCGUAAAUCUGAAGUUUAGUGUCAGUUUACUGGGCUAACAAGCUAACUCGUAAAUCCAAGCUCAACAAGUGUCAGUAACGUGAUCUGUUCCAAAUUGAUAAGCUCCAGUGUACUGAUCCUUUGCUUUUUGUUGUUUGAGCCUUAUUGGCGAAUAGACCCAUAUUUGUAAUUAACCCUAUGAAACCUCAUGUGCACGUCUUGGAGGUGCUCAGAGCUUCGGAGCAGAAGCCCCUCUGAGCCCGCCGGCGUAAUAAAUCUGAGUACUCCAA